AUAAUGUUUGUAGUAGCUCCUAACACUGUGGCAUAAACACUUUAACAUAAAACUUGUUGAGUCCAAAUUCGUAUCUUUUCAUUUUUCAAAUUCGCGUCUAUAAUUUUGUAUUCCAAAUGUAACAAUGUAUGUGGUUCGUGAAACUAGAACUUCAAUACUAAGGUCCGCCCGAGGACCUGUGCCUCAUGCCCUGGAGCAUAUCCUUGGGCCUCGUCCUCGCACGAGUCUCUGCCCCUCGGUUGGGAAAGCAUCCAGCUCUAGACAAACCAGAAGUGGUUAUUGCUCACAGUCAGAUCCUGCAACAGGGAGGCUGGUUGUAGCCAGGUCAUGCUCAACGGUGCCGAGCUCCACCGAGCUCCUUCAGGUCUGCAAACUAAAUCCAGCAGCUGACCGGGACCUGACGAUUGGCGAACUGCCGAGCAAGCUGGUGCAGAGCGAGCUGCUGCCCACCGAGCAGGCCCUUAAGCUGUCCGAGAUCCGUGCCUCCCAGAGAGCCAAAGAAGCCGGCUGCAAUGAAAUGAUCUUGGAGCUUGAAAAAGACAUUUCAAUGGUAAAGACGGAAGGAGCUGUGGUCACGUUCAAAGAGCUUAUAGAUAAGCAAGCAGCAGCAAACGCCGAGAAUCUGGACCAUCUACAAACUGUAGCUCAGCUGCAGGAACAGCUCCAAUGCCACGAACUGUUGUUGGCCAAGCAGGGCGAAAGGAUCCAAGAGCUGCAGCAGGAGCUUAACCGCGCUGAGGAAACUAUAUUCAAGCUACAUGAGAAGCUAAACGAGGCCACAGUGCAAAUAGAACAGCUUUCGAAGGCCGAAGAUAUGCCCCUCCAAGAUAAGGCUAGGAAGCAGGAGGAGCUUAAGCACAACGGCAAGGAUAUAAUCGGAGAAGUUGGGGACCAGGAUGAAGCGGCUCAGUGUGGGAUUAAGAAAAUUCAGCUGAAGGUGGUCGAGGCAGAGGAGCAAAGCCAAGCAGAAGAACAGCUGCGCCAGCAGGUGGCCAGGUUAGAGGAGCAGCUCCAGAGCAACCAAGAUUUACUGGAAUUUCAAGCGGAAAAACUGAAGGACACAGAACAAACAGAGCAGGACUUGAGGGAAGAACUAGCGAAUAAGGAGUUGCUCUUUAGCCAGGUGACCCAAGAGCUGAUUGAAAGAGACAAAGACCUGACGGUUGUCUGCAGAACCUUGAAGGAGAAACACCGAAUGGGCUGGAGCCAGGAGCACAGGUUCCUGCUGCUUCAGGAACAAGUUAAACGUCUAUAUGCCAUGCGGGCCGACUUGAAGCAGCGGAAUGUGGCCUUGGAGAAGGAAAUUAUUCGGCUGAAGCAUGAUAUUCGUAAAUAUGCCGAAAUUAUUGUAGGCAAUGAUGGUGAACCAUUUUACCAAGUUCAGUCAGUAGGAAAUCCUUCGGGCUGUAGCUCCUACAGGAGAGAGCGACGUGAAACCAAAGCGAUAAACAGUCGGAACAUCGCCAAGGAGUCUGCUCAGACUCGGCUGCCUUGUGGCCAGGAGUCCAACCCAGUCCGUUCGCCGAUUCGGCAAAACCGAUCGAAGGAGUAAAGGCAAAUGCAGUAGCAUCAUUAGCAGCAUCAAGAGCAGCAACAGCAACAUGUAGCACACAGAUAAUCUGUGAACAUGUUUGCCGUAUUUUUUAAUACAAAACUUGUAUUUAAUGUGAGAUCAA